GAUCCAUUAUUCCUGCACCGAGAAAGAUGCUGAAGAUGUCGUUACCGGUAGCUGAAGUAUAUUGAAUUCGAACCUGCUACCAACAAAUUUUGGAGGACAAGAGUCAAAAUUGCAACAUGAAAAUUUGGAGUACAGAACAUAUAUUCAGCUACCCUUGGGAGACGGUGAUCAAGGCAGCCAUGAGGAAGUACCCCAAUCCCAUGAACCCCAGCGUUGUGGGAGUGGAUGUCCUGGACAGGAAACUGGACACAGACGGUCGCCUUCACAGCCACCGGCUGCUCAGCACAGAGUGGGGCCUACCGGGCAUCGUCCGAGCGAUUUUGGGGACAAAUCGAACAGUAACCUAUGUGAAAGAGCUCUCCAUUGUGGACCCCAAAGACAAGAAAAUGGAACUGUACUCCACAAAUAUUACUCUGACCAAUCUUGUGUCCGUUGAUGAACGUCUCCUUUACAGACCUCACCCAGACAACCCUGAUGUCACCAUUCUUACACAAGAGGCCAUAAUCACAGUGAAAGGCGUCAGCCUCAGCAGCUACCUUGAGGGCUUGAUGGCCCUCAGCAUGUCUGCAAACGCCAGAAAGGGCUGGGAUGCAAUUGAGUGGAUCAUUCAAAAUUCAGAACGGGAGAAAGUUCCUCUAUGUGACCUGUGCUAGACAUGGAGCCUUAACCACGUCCACCAGAAGCCAAGGAACCUCAACAUUAGCAGAAGGACAGAAGCACCUCCAGAUACCACAGCUAGCCUAACCGACUGUAACUUGCCUCAGUUCUGCAGAAGCACACUCCGAGUAAACCUGUGGAGCUCAUGGACACUGGACUUGAGUGUGUGAGUGCCACUUCAGUCCCAUGGAGAUGAUUUUUACCAGAUUCCACCUUCAGGGAGUGGCAGAGGGGGCAGUAGGCCAUAUUUGAACCACAGACGCUGCAGCCUGAUGUUAUGAGCAUCGUGGAUCACAGUUCUUUAAAAAAAAACAUUGGGAAUUUCAAAUGAAAUCACUGAUACAUCUCUUUUUUUUUUUUUUUUUUAAAGGUACAUUCCAGGAUGUUCUCUGAUAUUUUGUGGGCAUGAUUUUCAGAAUAGUUACUGAUACCAAAGAUUCUAGAACAGAGCUCUGUUCUAGAAUCUUUGCUGAUACAUUGUGCAGCACAAUGGUUUUCUUCAGCACUGACACAAAGUCAGUUUCUAUUCAUAAUGGACUUCCUGUUACAUCUCUGGCUUUCGUCAGAUUUUAAAGGGACUUUUUGCCACUUCUGAACAGCUAUGCAUGCCACAUUAGCCAAAUGUUGUAUUGGUUUUGACCAUGCCGUCAUUGCUAUCAUUGCUAUUGGUUUUUAUUUGAUUUAGCCUCAUUUCAGACUUCCAAAUUUCAUAUCAAAUUGCAGAUUGCAGCCAUAAAGUAAUCAGGCUAUGCAUUAGAUAUCUUAGCUAUUCAGAGAAUGCAUUCUGAAGUUUAUUUUCAUGAAGAGGUAUGCGAUCAUUGUGCUGUGAAGUGACAAAAUUAAUAUGGAACAGUAUGUAGCAACAUUGGAUCGUUCUGACCAAGACACAUCCAGCCAUUUUGAAGUCUAAUACAAACCUGUCUUAUCUGUGUGGCCAUUUCAGACUCAAAGCAGUGCCAUUGGUGCACUAGAAUGGACCCAUACACCAAGGUAGAUGAUGAUCAAAUUCUUUGUACCUAAUCUGAUAUGAAUUUGAAUCACUUGGAAGAUAUGCCAUCGCAUUUGUGUAAAUGAAACAGUGGAAGUUCAGAAUCACUGGGUAUUGAUAGAGCACUGGUACAUUUUGUGUGCUCAGAACAGAAUUUACUAUUAAAAAAUCUUGUGAUUUGAACCUGUGGGCUCUUCUGUUGUUUAAUGGUCAGGUAAAUGAAUCACACUUCAGUGCUAUUUAGGAGUGGUGUUUCUGUUAUAUUAAUGGUUUUCUUCAAGCCAUGCAGUCUGGUGCGUUGUGGAGCCUAUAGGGAACGGCUGCUAGUGUAGCACAAAGCAGGCAGCUAGAGACGGCACAGCAGCAGGAUGAAGUGUUUUGUCAAACCAGCGGUUAGAACCAAAGAUUCUAGAGCUCUGUUCUAGAAUCUUUGGUUAGAACGUCCCUCGCGCCUUUAGCCUCUCAGUGAGCGAUACAGACACAGAGCCUGGUCUCUUACACUACUAUCCAGAUUCACCCAUUUGGUGCUGAUGUCCAUCAUCUAAAUGGUCAGAAUGUCUCCUUUUUACUAAUGUGAAGUAAAUGUGUUUGCACUUUCAGAACUAAUGUUAAUGGAAACUGCUAAAUUUAGAUCAAAGAACUUUCCAUCUUCAACUAUUUAUUUGCCAAUAUGCUGUCUAUAGUCCUUAAAACACAGAGGAUUAGCACUUUAUUUUUGUUUACAUGCUAUGCACAGUUAUGGUUAGAAGCUAGUGGUACAGUUAUUGCUACUGAAAUGUUUAUGUUUACUUUGUGUUGAUUCUGAAUGGCACUAAGUCUUAAUAUAUGUUUGAUAUUUUAUAUUUAUGUUGAAACACUGAACUGUUCUUUAUUAAAACCAAUGUUGAAACUG